AUGGCUUCCAGGAUACGGUACAGCCCUCAGCAGCAGCGCCGGGCUUUGGCCAUGGCACUUGCGCAAGCCUCAGCAGCCACUCCCCGCGCCUCUCUGAUCGGAUCCAGAGCCUUGGUUUCACAGAUGGCAUCAUGCAGAACUCUUCCAACAGCACCUUGCUCAUCAGUAACACGUCAACUCCGGCUCCUUUCGACUUCGCAACCAUGGCGCCAAAUCCAGCCGCCUCAGCCACAACCCAUAUACCCCCAGAAUUCCUAUCCACCACAGGCUGAGCAGCCCACCCCUCAGCCCAAGAAGCGUAGUCGCGUAUGGAAGAUCCUUGGCUAUGGCUCUUUCCUCUUUUUUGGCCUCACCGCGGGCCUCACCUUUAGAGCGUUCGUCGCUCCCCCGCCACCUCUGACUCCGGGCUCCCAGCUUGACCUCCUGGAGACCAAGAUCAUCCACCGGCGAGCGGAAGACCUGCAGAUCGUCAAGGAGCUCAGCGCCGACCCGGCCUGGGAGUCCUGGGAUGCGUAUGAGACGCUCAGUCCGGAGCACCGGGCACAACACAUCUCGGCCGGCGCCCUGGCCGGCGCCAAUGGCAUCGGCGGCUACCACCGCGUCUGGUACAACAAGGAGACGGGCGAGUGCGUCAGUGUCAUCUUCUUCGGCUUCGCCACUACGGGCUGGCCCGGCGUCGUGCACGGCGGCUGUCUGGCGACUCUCCUCGACGAGAGCUGCGGCCGAGCCGCGUUCAAGAAGUGGGGAGACCGGUCCGGACUGACGGCCAAUUUGCAGCUGAACUACGUGUCGGCCACGUAUUCUUCAAAGUUCUACAUUAUUCGUGUCAAGCCGAGGAGCGAUGAGGAGCUUCCGGGGGAGGAGCGCGGCAAGAGCCACUACAAGAUCUAUCUGGAUGCUUCGAUACACGAAGCGAGGACGGGCAAGGCCGCCGUUGUUGCGGAGGCUUUGUUUGUGGGUGGAAUGGGGAAGAGUGGAAAGGGAGGGUUGACGGUCAGCGGGUUGGCUGAUCAGGGUGAGAAUGCUCGCUUUUAA